AGCCUUAAUAUCAUCUUACAAUACUCACCAAAAAUGUCAGCCCGUUGUACCUUUCUUCUCUCAAUCCUACUCAUAUUUGCUUCACAGCCAUAUCACAUUAUCCUCACCUCCGCCGCUGCCGGUCGGUGGCAGCUUCUGCAGAAAAGCGUUGGCAUCUCCGCCAUGCACAUGCAACUGCUCAAAAACGAUCGUGUCGUUAUGUUCGAUAGAACUGAUUUCGGGCCAUCUAAUCUGCAGUUGUCGAAUGGGAAAUGCCGGAAUGACCCGACCGACACUGCUAUCAAAGUAGAUUGCACCGCUCAUUCGGUGGAGUACGAUGUUUUGACCAAUAAGUUCAGAGCUCUCACGGUCCAAACCAACGUCUGGUGUUCUUCGGGAGCCGUCACGCCUAACGGUAAUCUGGUCCAAACCGGCGGUUUCAACGACGGCGAGCUUCGUGUCAGGGUUUUCACCCCAUGCGGGAGCUGCGAUUGGCUAGAAACACCGAAUGGAUUGGCGGCGAGCAGGUGGUAUGCCUCCAACCAUAUCUUGCCAGAUGGAAGACAAAUCGUUGUCGGUGGUCGGGGGCAGUUUAAUUACGAGUUUGUUCCUAAAAACAAGGACGGCAACACAUUCAAGUUGUCUUUCUUGUCGAAAACCAAUGAACGAGGAGUGGAGAACAAUCUCUACCCUUAUGUUUUCCUCAAUGUCGAUGGGAACUUAUUCAUUUUCGCAAACAAUCGUGCUAUUUUGCUCGAUUAUGUGAACAACAAAGUGGUGAAAACUUAUCCAAAAAUACCAGGUGGCCAGCCUAGAAGCUAUACGAGCACAGGCUCGGCUGUUUUGCUGCCAUUGAAGAACUUGACCGCACGGGAUAUUCAGGCUGAAGUUUUGGUCUGUGGUGGUGCUCCAAAAGGAUCAUUUAUCCAAGCAUUAAGAGGUGAAUUCGUUAAAGCUUUGGACACUUGCGCCAGAAUCUCAAUAAACGACCGAAAACCACAAUGGAUCCUCGAAACUAUGCCGAUGGCUAGAGUCAUGGGUGACAUGAUAUUGCUUCCGAACGGCAACGUUCUGCUCAUUAACGGAGCCGGUUCCGGGGCAGCAGGAUGGGAACUGGGGAGGAAUCCGAUCUUGAAUCCGGUCCUAUACAGACCUAAUAACAACAUCGGAUCACGGUUCGAGACGCAAAAUCCGACAAAGAUUUCUCGGAUGUACCAUUCGACGGCGGCAUUGCAUCGUGAUGGCAGAGUUUUGGUCGGCGGAAGCAAUCCCCACGCAUUUUACAACUUUACGGGUGUACUUUUCCCUACUGAACUAAGCUUAGAAGCAUUCUCUCCGGGGUAUUUGAACGCUAAAUUCAACAAUUUCCGACCCACCAUUGUUGCUCCAAAGUCGAUGUCAACGAUCAGAUACUGUAAGAAAUUGACAGUUCAAGUGAUUAUUACAGGGAGAUUAGCUAAAAACUUGGUGUCGGUGACAAUGGUGUCACCGGCUUUCAACACACAUUCGUUCUCCAUGAAUCAAAGGUUGCUUGUACUCGACAAUGACAAGAUGACGGCUUUGAGGAAAUCAAGGUAUAACAUUGAAGUUACGACUCCAAGUUCCGGUAACCUUGCGCCUGCUGGGUAUUAUCUUCUGUUUGUGGUUCAUCAAGACAUACCCAGCCAAGGCAUUUGGGUGAAGUUGCAAUAAAACACGACAAUUUAUUCAAGUGUCCAAAAUAAUAAUUAAUUUUGAUUAAUGUGUUUAUUUUGACAAUGUUGUAAUUGUAAUGUUGUCCUCUACAAACAAACAAAUGUAUUUACA